AAGGUCGAAUUUGCAAAAUGGCUAGACAUGACAAACUGUAAACAUGGAUGCGGUAUUUGAUGUUGCUGCUUUGUGUGAUACUUAUAAGUGGUUUUGUGCUGCUGGGACUUGGCGCAUGGAUUAGAUAUGGAGCAGCUACAUUUGUGGAUGUCCUGGGCCCCUACUCGUCUCAGCUCAGCUACAUCUGUAUUGGUAUGGGCUCAGUGCGGUCUUUCACAGGUCUCAUUGGCUGCUGUGGGGUUUGGAAAGAGAACCACUUCUUUAUCAUGCUGUUUUUCUUCAUCGUGACAAUGCUGUUUGUUGCCGAAAUCAUUGGGACUGUUUUUGUCUUGACGUACCGGAAUCUGGUUAGAUUAGUGGUACGUGAUGCAAGCAAGAAUUCCCUGAUGACUGCCAAUAUGGGCCCAGCAGCAAAAGACCCAAUCUCAACAGCAUGGAACACAGUCAUGGUCAAGGAACUGGCCCAGAUCCCUGCCUUUUGCGUGAAGAAAAGAUGAAGGAAAAGGGGCCGCAGAUCGGGCAGCCUUCUGAGAAUCCGUAGGCAAGCGAGAACUCCCACUGCCAUCCGUUCUUCUUGCUAACAUGCAAUCAUUGGAAAAUAAACUGAUCACCUACCUACCAACGGGACAUUAAAAAACGGUAACAUCUUAUGUUUCACCAAGAUGUGGCUGAACGAUGAUAAGGAAUAUAGAGCUAGUGGAAUUUUCCAAGCACCGGCAGAACAGAGACGCUAUCUCUGGUAAGACGAGGGGUGGGGGUGUGUGUCUUUGUCAAUAACAGCUGGUGCGCGAUGUCUAAUAUUAAAGAUGUUUCGAGGUAUUGCUCGCCUGA